AGAAGCGAAUCUUGAUCCAGACUGAGGCUGGCGCACAUUGAUCCUCUCUUCGGGACCAACUUUUAAGGUGCAAGUCAUCCAUAAAGUGAAUAGAUUUAGGGUGAAUAGUCUGUCUCUGUGUAGGUGCAGGGGGCUGAUGAGUGCGCCCUGGGUUGUAGGAAGUAGAUCCGGCAGGGCAGGUUUGCAAGUCGAGGAGAGAAAAAGUUUAGUGAGGGGGACUGCAGAGGCGCACGGUGCCAGAGCCAGGACCACUAGGAGCCUCUGCAAGCGCAACAACAGCCGACUCGCCGAGAAGAAGUCUUUUUCUUAUUAUUUCUAUUUCAUUUGAGGGCAAGUGUGCUGGGUGGGGGGGAAAGCAGGGCUAUGACAUGCGAGUAGAGAGCCGUAGAGUUUGUGAGUGUUAAAGCAGGCGGACCCUUGUUUUAUUCCCCCCAAGAUGAAUAAAGACUUGAAGAGCCUGCGACAGCUCGCCGUGCCUCUGCUCUUCUUCGCCCUGUGCGUCGCGGUGCAGCAAUCCGACUCUGCGGCUUGCCACGGGUGUGCGGGAUCCAAAUGUGACUGCAGUGGAGUGAAAGGAACCAAGGGUGAGCGGGGUUUCCCAGGUCUCACCGGACAGCCAGGAGUCCCAGGAUUCCCCGGACCUGAAGGGCCGAUCGGACCCAGAGGAGAGAAGGGUAGCGAUGGACUUCAAGGACUGAUUGGUCCAAAAGGAAUAAGAGGGCCUUCUGGAUUACCAGGAUUUCCAGGAACACCUGGACUUCCAGGUCUGCCCGGACAGGAUGGACCUCCAGGUCCGAGAGGAGUGCCGGGUUGCAACGGGACAAAGGGUGAUAGGGGUUUACCAGGAAGUUCAGGAAUCGUCGGACAGCAGGGAAGGCCGGGUCCACCCGGUCUGCCAGGAUCAAAGGGAGACCCAGGUGAUGUGAUCUCCACCAAUCGUUUUGGAGAGAAAGGAGCAGUGGGAUUGCCCGGGCUGCCAGGAGUUCCUGGCUCUCAGGGACCUCCCGGUUUGCAAGGUCCACUGGGUCCUCCAGGACCCAGAGGUUACGAGGGUCGUCCAGGUCCUCCCGGUCCUCCUGGUCCAAAGGGAAACAUGGGAUUGAACUUCCAAGGACCCAAAGGAGAGAAGGGUGAUCCAGGUUUGCCAGGACCUCCUGGUCCUCCGGGACAAGUUGGAGAACAGAAGAGCCCACCUGAGACAGAGAUUCAGAGAGGAGACAAGGGUGACCCCGGUCUUCCAGGUCCCAGGGGUGAUUCAGGCUAUCCAGGACCUCCUGGUCCCUCAGGUGGCCCGAAAGGAGACAAAGGAGAACCAGGAGAAGCAGGCAAACGAGGCAAACCAGGCAAAGAUGGCGACCCUGGUUCUCUGGGUUUCCCCGGAAUCAAAGGAGAAUCAGGCCUUCCAGGUCCUCCCGGCAGGGAUGGAGAGAGAGGAAUUAAAGGUGACAUUGGAUAUCCAGGCCCACCGGGAGUGGUGUUAGGUAGACAGACAGGAAGUCAGGUUGGCCCUAAAGGUGAGCCCGGGUACCCCGGAUCACCUGGACUUAAAGGAGACAGAGGACCAGCAGGUUUAACAGGACCUCCAGGAGCACCAGGACUUCCAGCUACUGGUGGUGGUGGUCAGCCUGGAGCUCCAGGCUUCCCAGGAGAUAGAGGUCAAAAGGGAGACUCUGGCACUCCAGGGCUUUCUUUGCCAGGUCCCCCAGGACGUUCAGGGUCUCCUGGUGCCCAGGGUCCACCUGGGCUCCCUGGACCCCCAGGAUUUUCCUCAGCAGGGCAAAACUGCAUCGCCGGAGAGCCCGGACGUCCCGGCGUGCAGGGAGAGAGGGGUUACCCAGGAGAGACAGGCCAGAAAGGUGACAAGGGCGAUACUUGUGUGAACUGCUUUGGCGGUAGCAAUCCCAUCCCAGGACCACCAGGACCUGCAGGACAACCCGGAUUCCCUGGAUCUCCUGGCAGCGAAGGUAUCAAAGGAGACAGAGGAUUUCCAGGAACACCUGGUGGCAUUGGACUCCCUGGUCCCAGUGGUCCCCAAGGUGUUCCAGGAUACCCCGGAGAGAAGGGAGACCGAGGCGAUGCCAUUACAGUCGACGGUGUUAGGGGCGAGAAGGGCGACACCGGCUUCCCCGGAUCACCUGGUCUGCCCGGCCUGGACGGUCGACCCGGUCGCGAUGGACAGCCUGGAUCUCCUGGACCCAAAGGAGCUUCUGGCUCUCUGCAAGUGAAAGGCGAACGAGGGGUCCCCGGUGAGCCAGGUUCCCCAGGUAUUCCAGGAGACAGGGGUCCCCCAGGACCCCCUGGCUUUGGACCUCAGGGGCCUAAAGGAGAUAAAGGUGUCCAAGGCGUUUCAGGAAGACCUGGAGGUCCCGGCGGACCUGGAACUAAAGGUGAACCAGGCCUGUCAGUAGCCGAGAAAGGCUUACCAGGACCCAGAGGACAGGAUGGCUCACCAGGACUUCCCGGCUCUCCAGGUAACCCAGGACAGCCUGGACAGAAUGGUUUCCCUGGUUUACCAGGAUCGAAGGGUGAACCUGGACUCCCUGGCAUUGGACUCCCAGGACCCCCAGGAGCUAAAGGAUUCCCAGGUAUCCCCGGCCAGCCAGGAGCUCCUGCAGGACCAGGCAGACCAGGAGUAGAUGGACUCCCUGGCCAGCCUGGAUUUCCUGGACCCAAGGGUGAGCCUGGUUUUGGCCUUCCUGGUCCCCCCGGUUUACCAGGAGUACCCGGAGGUAAAGGGUUCCCAGGACCAAAGGGAGAUCCUGGUUUCCCUGGCGGUCCUGGUUCACCUGGACGAUCUGGAUUCGAUGGCACACCAGGACCAAAAGGUGACCCCGGUUUAUCUGGUAUACCUGGAGCUCGUGGCCCACCUGGAUCCCCCAGCCUCGGCUCACUGGGGGCACCUGGCUCACCUGGACCGCCUGGCCCAAUGGGUCCACCAGGAUUCCCUGGAUCAAACGGAGAGAAGGGAGACCCCGGCCCUCCAGGUCUAGACAUCCCAGGUCUGCCCGGAGACAGAGGAAGUCCUGGUUUCCCAGGUUCCCCAGGAUCAGUCGGUACACCAGGACCUCCUGGAGGACCUGGACGGGAUGGCCUGCCUGGACUUCCAGGUCAGAAAGGAGACAUGGGUUCCAUGGGAUCUCCAGGACCCUCUGGAGGACCAGGAGGCCCAGGAGGGCCUGGUGCUACCGGACUUAAAGGUGAACCUGGAUUCCCAGGCAGAGACGGUUCACCAGGCGGUCCCGGUGCUAAAGGAGAGAGAGGCGAGACCGGUCUCCAAGGACCUCCAGGAAACAGCCAGCCACCAUCAGUCUUAAAGGGAGCCAAAGGAGAUCCUGGACUACCAGGUGCACCAGGUGGUCCAGGUCAGAAAGGCGUCCCUGGUCUCGCUGGUGAUCCUGGGCUUCCAGGAUCAGAUGGACGCCCUGGACUCCCCGGACCACCAGGUCCUAAGGGUGAUUCUGGCAUCCCAGGAGGCCCUGGUGUUCCUGGAGGUCCAGGACCAAAAGGCAGCAUGGGAGAAAUGGGAUUCCCAGGACCAUCAGGACAGAAGGGUACACCAGGUCAGUCAGGUAGGCCUGGAACCCCAGGACAGCCAGGUGGACCUGGUUUCCCUGGAUCCAAAGGUGAACCAGGCUCUGCUGGAGUUGGACCACCCGGACAAUCCGGAUCCAAGGGUGAACCAGGGCAGCCAGGAUUCCCAGGAAGUCCCGGACUGAAAGGAACUCCAGGAUCAUCCGGUCUCCCAGGUUUACCUGGAGGGCCCGGUGCCAAAGGCGACCCCGGACUGCCAGGAUUUCAAGGUUCUCCUGGUGUGCCCGGUCCUAAGGGUCUUGAUGGUGGCCCUGGUGCCCCAGGUCUAACUGGAGCUCCCGGUAGACCAGGAGAGUCUGGCCGGCCAGGUGGACCAGGGUUGCCAGGAGAGAAGGGUCAGGCAGGUCGGGACGGGAUCCCAGGACCAGCUGGAGUCAAAGGAGAGCCAGGUCUUCCUGGUUACGGUGGUCCCGGUCCAUCUGGGCUUCCAGGGUUGCCAGGUUCAAAGGGAGACCCAGGUCUUCCCGGCCAACCUGGCAGUCCCGGUUUCCCUGGCUCUAAAGGAGAUGCUGGUUUCCCCGGCUCUCCUGGUCCCUCAGGCAACACUGGCCCUCCUGGGUCCCCAGGACUGGGUCUGCAAGGCCCCAAAGGACUCCAAGGACCCCCUGGACCACCAGGAAGAUCAGGUGGACCUGGCCCACAGGGUCCCCGUGGGCCUGCAGGAAGCGGCGGCUUUAAGGGAGAGAAGGGUAUUCCUGGCUCCCCAGGCCAACCAGGCUUCCCCGGACAGAAGGGAGAUCCUGGAACUUCCGGCUUCCCGGGUCCCUCUGGUCUUCCCGGUGGUCCUGGUUCGAAGGGAGAUAUCGGCCUGCCUGGUGUUCCCGGAUUCCCUGGACCAAAGGGAGACUCAGGAAUCCCCGGUGGCAGUGGCCUUCCUGGAGAUCCUGGAAAUGUUGGAUCCCCUGGUCUUCCUGGUGACCCCGGUGUACCUCCGGCUCCCAUUGUGGUGAAGGGAGAGCGAGGACCCCCUGGUCCUCAGGGCCUGCCUGGCGGUCGGGGAUCCCCUGGUCUUCCUGGGCGUGACGGAGCUCCAGGCCAACCUGGUAACCCUGGAGAUGCUGGUCCAGAGGGUCCUCCUGGCUUCAGCGGUCCACCUGGCAGGAAAGGAGACAGUGGACCAGCCGGUCAGCCUGGUCAGCGUGGCUUCACUGGUCCCCCUGGUUCAGACGGUCCACAGGGUCCUCCUGGUCUUCCAGGAUCAGUGGCUGCAGCCCAUGGCUUCCUCAUCACCAGACACAGCCAGGCUCAGGAUGUGCCCUUCUGUCCCGAAGGAACCAACCUCAUCUACGACGGCUACUCCCUGCUGUAUGUGCAGGGUAACGAGAGGGCGCACGGACAGGAUCUCGGCUCGGCCGGCAGCUGUCUGCGCAGGUUCAGCACUAUGCCCUUCAUGUUCUGCAACAUCAACAACGUCUGCAACUUCGCCUCCCGCAACGACUACUCCUACUGGCUGUCCACGCCUGAGCCCAUGUCCAUGACCAUGGCCCCCAUCACUGGAGAGGGCAUCAAGCCUUACAUCAGCAGGUGUGCAGUGUGUGAAGCUCCAGCCAUGGUGAUUGCAGUCCACAGUCAAACAAUCCAGAUUCCCACUUGCCCUGCAAGGUGGGAAGCUCUGUGGAUAGGAUACUCCUUCAUGAUGCACACUAGCGCAGGUGCGGAGGGCUCCGGUCAGGCCCUGGCCUCCCCCGGCUCCUGCUUGGAGGAGUUCCGCAGCGCUCCCUUCAUUGAGUGCCACGGCAGAGGGACGUGCAACUACUAUGGCAACUCCUACAGCUUCUGGCUGGCCACCGUAGAACCCUCUGAGAUGUUCAGGAAGCCCCAGUCGGAGACUCUCAAGGCGGGAAACCUACGGACGCGCGUCAGCCGUUGCGUGGUCUGCAUGAAGAAGACGUAACGGCACACGGCAACGAGCAAAGCCACUGUUGCCGGGGGACGCCUGAUCCACAACAAGAGAUGAUUGAAUGACGGGGGGACAAGUAGUAGGGGUGGUGGUCACAGCGACGGGUAGGCCGUCGUCGUGGCAACAAGGUGGAAUUCCAAUGGUGCAUUGUCUUCCGGAAAAAAACAAAAAAGCAAAACUACAACUAAAACUUUGGUGCUACUGUGCAACACAGCUUAAAAAAAAAAAAAAGAAAGCAAAAACUGACAUAAAUAAAUCUUACAUUUAGUCUUUGUUUUUCUUAAGAAGUACCUCAAAAUGAAAGCAGAAAAAAUAUCCACUAAAUGGUGCCAUGAUUUUCAUUUCUUUUCCCUUCUUUCCCAAAAGGAUUCCUUUCUCUUUUUUAAAGAAAACACAAAAACAAAACUCACUUUUUUUUUUUUUUUUUUUUUUUGACAAAAAUGUGACACUAUAAAUCCACUUUUUUUAUUUCAUUUGUUUUUGGGCCUUAUUGAUGAGGAGUGGAUGGUCUCCAUGGUUACCAAAUCGGCACUUUGACUUCGGAACAUCCAAGAUGAGAGAUGCACUGACGAUGAGCUUUCCUUAGUGAGACUGCCUUUUUUUUUUUUUUUUUUUUUUACUAGCUCUUCAUUCACACGCUCUUUCUCUCUCUUUUUCCGUCAUUUUUCUGUCGUCUAACGUUACAUUUGGUGGUACUAACGCUGCUGUAGCCCGCCUCCUAACCAUCAGCCUACACCUUCUUACUUUUACUUCUUUUUUUUUUUGUAAGUAAUUAAAUGUGUAUAUUGUGUAAAACACCUUUUUGUUUUUGUUUUUAGUGUAUUAGGUCCUGAAUCUGUACCAGUUCUUUGUUAUAAGACCAUUUUCCAGGUUCUUUUUAGCUCACAUACGCAUGCGUUCUCACACACACACACACACACACACACACACACACACACACACACACACACACACACACACACACACACACUCAUUCACAUCAUUGCUCACUGACACACAUCGACUCAGAUAUUGUACAAAGUAAGGCUUUUAUGAAUGAAACAGUAUUUUAUAUAUAAUAAAUAUAUAUUUGAAAAAAGAGGAUAAAAGGUAUAUAAACUUUAUUCGGCUGUGGGGAGAUUGUUCACUGUUUUCAAACACAAACAAAGGUCAGGCAUUUCACCGAAAAAUAAAGCUAACUACUGAGCACAGACAGAGCCAUUUUCCCUGAAACGCAACAGUCUUGUAUGAAAUUAACGAUGCCAAUCGCUUAAAACCUUUUUGUAUUCAAUUUGUAGAAUUAAUAAAUGUUGAACUGAAAUAAAGGGGGAUUUGCUUUUAGGUAGUCUAAUGAUUGGGGGAAUGUUACAGAUAUUUGUGCAAAAGAAAAAAAAGGAUUUGAAUUAAAAUCUUGGCUCCUUGAUUAGAAAAACCGUGAUAUUUGUUUUGUGUUUUUUAACAUUUCCAGGUGCUGGGCUUUGCUGUAAAAAGAGGGCCUGAGGUUUUUUUUUUGGGGGGGGCCCAUUUUGGCACCCUCCAGAAAACCUUCAAAUCCACUUUCGCUGGCUUGAAUUUGUAUCCAAAAAUUGGUCGUUCGCACUCGACCCUGUCUAUGCACAGGUGGAAGAGUGUGUGUACAUUUAAAAUCGGGUGUCAGCAGCACCUGAUGUGACACUUCUCUCGCAUCCGGCGUGCAGACUCCUGACGUACUGUAAGUCUACAAGAGCUGUUUUUGGGGAGGGGGGGGGGGGGAGGAAUGUCUUCCUGUGAUUUUAUUGUUAUUUUUAUUUUUUCAAAACUGCUUUUAUGAAUUCUAAUUUUUGUCAACCUGGGGUGCGUUAAAAAUGUGUAUUUGUUUUUAUUUUUAUUUUAUUUUUUAUUUUAUUUUUUUUCAUGUUAUGUUAUCCAGAAGUUGUUAUAAACUUUUAAGACUGAAAUAAAUACUAUGUCCAAA